AUGGCGUCGCGCGUGGUCAAGUCCUUCAUCAACGGCAAGUACGUGGCCGCCAGGGCAUCGAGCCAGCAGUUCACGCUGCUGAACGCCACCACGCGCCGGCCCGAGACGUCGUUCCAGGCCGCGGACCGCGCGCAGGUGGACGAGGCCGUGCAGGCCGCGCGCUCGGCCCAGCGCCACUGGCGGCGGCUGAGCCCGGCCGAGCGCGGCGCCAUCCUGCGCAAGGCCGCGGACAUUUUGACGCAGCAGACGGACGAGAUCGCGCGCCUCGAGACGCUGGACACGGGCCGCCCCAUCGCCGAGACGACGGUCACGGACGUGCUGAGCGCCACCGACUGCCUCAACUACUACGGCGGCGUCAGUCCGUCCGUGGGCGGCCAGCACCUGGAGCUCACGGGCGGCAGCUGGGCCUACACCAAGCGCGAGCCGCUGGGCGUCACGGCCGGCAUCGGCGCCUGGAACUACCCGCUGCAGAGCGCGGCGUGGAAGUCGGCGCCGGCGCUGGCGUUCGGCAACUCGAUGGUGUUCAAGCCGUCGGAGGAGACGCCGCUCACGGCGCUCAAGCUGGCCGAGGCCUACAUGGAGGCCGGCGUGCCCGAGGGCGUGUUCAACGUGGUGCUGGGCGCCGGCGAGACCGGCCAGGCUCUGGUGGAGCACCAGGACAUCGCCAAGGUCUCGUUCACUGGAUCCGUCGGCACGGGCAAGAACGUGUACGCCGGUGCGGCCAAGGACUUGAAGAAGGUGACGAUGGAGCUCGGCGGCAAGUCGCCCCUGAUCGUGUUUGAGGACGCUGACCUCGAGGAGGCCGUGGCCGGAGCCAUGAUGGGCAACUGGUACUCGUCCGGCCAAGUGUGCUCGAACGGCACCCGCGUCUUCGUGCAGCGCAAGGUCUUCGACAAGUUUGUGCAGCGCGUGCACGAGCGCACGCUCAAGCUGCGCAUCGGCGACCCGCUGGACCCGACCACGGACAUCGGCCCCAUGAUCCACGAGAAGCACAUGAAGCUGGUGCAGAGCUACAUCGAGAAGGGCGUCGAGGAAGGAGCGACGCUGCUCAAGGGCGGCGGCGAGCGCUUCAUGCCCUCGGAGGCCACCAAGGACGGGUUCUUCCUGACGCCGGCCAUCUUCGUGGACUGCAAGGACGACAUGACGAUCGUCCGCGAGGAGAUCUUCGGCAUGGUCAUGUGCAUCCUUCCGUUCGACACGGAGGAGGAGGUGCUGGCCCGCGCCAACGACACGAUCUUCGGUCUGUCAGCUGGCGUCUUCACCAAGGACAUCACUCGCGCGCACCGCAUGAUCGACGAGCUGCAGGCCGGCACUACGUGGAUCAACAACUACAACCUCGCGCCCGUGGAGACUCCGUGGGGCGGCUACAAGAAGUCGGGCGUGGGCCGCGAGAACGGCCUUGCGGGCAUUGAGUCGUGGACGCAGCUCAAGUCGGUGUACGUCGAGAUGAACGAAGUGUGGUGCCCCUACGCAAAGUAAGGAGGUAGGGAGUCCGUACGUCAUCGAUAAGGAAUAUACCCACCUCUGCGUUGUG